CAAACUGCCGCCCUUCGAUUCGUCGUUCAAAUAGGAUGUAUGGCAUGUGAACUACUGGAACCCUUCGUUCCGAUUUCACUUGCUGACGCUAUUGUGGUUUGGCAAGGAAAGGGAUAGAAAAGAAGCAUGACAAAGGACUAUUUAUUAGCGUAUUUUCUACCGUUCAGCAUGGAGCGCUGAAGAAGUUAGCAGUGACUGUGUGGAAUACCAGUAAACAACCAACAGGCAAAGCUCGGAUCACAUUUCGUAAUAAUGGAGAAAUCUACGGCAGCAGGAAUGGCAACCACAACUGCCGCGACCGCUCCGGGAGUCACAACUGUUCCGGUCAUCGCGCAAGUGGCAACCGUUGCUCCAGCGCCGAGGAAACCUGCCCCGAAUGUAGGCCCAAAUCCACAGGCCAAGUUUGGAAAGUUCUUCGGUUCCGCGUUCAGCAUCACUAAUCGCUACCGGGUCAGUAACAGCACCAACUUGGGAAAGGUCAGUUUGGCCAUAACCAAUUUGAAAGUUAUAAACAACGUCCCGUUGCCACCGCCGAUUUGUGCCAUGGUUGCGUCCGAUACGGCUCCAGUGUUGAAAUUUCUGCCCACCUAUCAGCUGGAAUCGAAGAACCCCUUCAACCGGGAAGCCUGUGAAGUUAUUCUGCGGGAAUCCCUGGAUAAAUCGCUGCAAGGGGUUGAGUACAGUUCCUACUUUGCCCCAUCCCUAUGCCAGCAAAUCUGCGAGGACGUGAAAGCGAAAGUGAAGGAGUUGAACUUCGAUCGAUAUAAAAUUGUUGUCACCGUAACAAUGGGCGAGCGAUACAUGCAAGGUUUGAAAUCUAUCGCCCAGUUUCUGUGGGAUCCGGAGAAGGAUAGCUACGUGUCCUGCAUCUAUGAUUCAUCGCCGAGCUUGUUUGCCGUUGCCACAAUUUAUGCCAUCUACAAUGAAUGAACGUAAUGUGCCGCUGUGAUUCCUGUUCUGUUUGAAUAACUGUUGUUGAACUAUUGCUUGUUGUAAUGUGGCUAAUAAAGUAUAUUAGAAGUGCUUCGCACAACAAAAA